AUGUUGCGCAACAUUCCGAACCAAAUGACCACGUACGACCUGGAAGCUCUGACUCGCUGGGUCCACGGAAAGUUCGACUUCCUGCACCUUCGUAUCGACUUCGCCAACACUGUCGGCUGCGCCUUUGUCAGCUUUGACAUGCCCAUGACCAUCGUCGACGUCAAGAGCAAGCUUGACGCGUCUGGCUUACCUGAGGAUCCGGACUCGCGUGAGUGA